AUGCCUAGUUGGGCAUAUUGCUACCUCGAAGCUGCUCGUACCCGAUUACCAUUUGUUCCAGAUAAAGAAGAUCCCCCGGACGCCAUGUAUGUGGGUGGCCCGAUCUUCAACUAUGUUUCUUGGCCUUGCAUCCUGAAGAUGAACAACAUAAAGCGGGUUCAAGCCAACUUGGCCGAGUAUGCCAGUGUUCUAUGGUAUGAAGUUCUUCCUCGUAUUGGCUGCACCGCCGAUUUCCUCAACAGCGUGACGGAAAACCUCAUCUUUAACUGGAUGCCUGGUCCCGGUGCCAUCGUAGCUAAACUUGAGUUCCAGAAUACGAAUAUUAAGCAGGUUCACAUUCUGACCAAGCUGGGCAUGCUGGCCAAUGCGGGGAUGUGUGGGGAUAGUAAGAUCAUGGUUUCGUUGGUGAAUAUGUCCACGGUUUGGAUUGAGAGGGCUGGCGAGGAGUGGAAACGAUUGCCUCUUUGGCUUUCUGCGGAGGAGUCGUGGUAUAGACCUGUGGGUGGGUUUGUUGAGAGUAUUCGGUAG